GACACUCUUUAUUAAUCAACUGGGCUUAUGGCAGUUUAUUGAAAUAUUUCUAUAAUGUAGAGCAUGCUUAUCUUUUGCGGUGUUUUUAUCAACAUGUCAUGGAAGCUAGCUUGGAAUGUGCAGAGACAAGCUGGAGCUGAAGGCUGCAAAAGAUGGCUCAGCAAGCUAUGCAGCCUUAGAGAGGAAAGCUGAACUAUAUGAUAAACUAGCUAGGGGCGAGCUCUCUGAUGAGGAAGACAAAGAGAAAUACUGUGUAGAUUUCUUCCAGAAAAUCAUCACAAAAGUCGAACCGGAGCGGCCUGACGAGAGAAGCCCUGCUGUUGGUCACCCUCAACAUGAUCAAGAUGGUGAGAAUGAUGAUGACAUUCUGCGCGAAAGGCCAUUUGGACCUGGGCGUACAGGCGCCACUUUAGAUUCCGAUGAGCACAAGCGUUUUGUGAGGUAUUUAUUUAUGUUG